AUGGCCCGGGCGCGAGUACUCCAUCACUCGCGUGCCCUUGCGGCAACAGCUGUCGCUGGCUCUGUGGCCUCUCUCUACCCUCGACAGACAGCAUGGGCUGAAUCCCCAGCAGAUGAUAGAAAACCAAUAUACUCCGAUGCUGUGCCUUUUGCCUCUCCGAAAGCCCCUACUCUUCCCCUCCCAGGAAACGGCAGCACCCAUAAUUCCGAACCGUCCAGACCGACACCUACCGACCUUCUCGCGGCGCAGAUCAAACACGGCCGACUAGCGUUGUACGAGCUCUCUUUAUCAACAGAGAAUGCCUUCAAUCGCGGCCUCUCUUACGCUUUCAAGAAAGAAACACAGCUCGCAGACACGAUAGCUAGCCUGGCACCCGCCCCUUCGACAGGAGAACAGCUUCUUCCUGGUGGGAUCUACGUCUUGGUUGCCACACUUGCCGGAUCAAUUGUCUCGCGCAACCGCGGUAUCCUGCUCCGCGCGACAUUUCCCUUAGGUGUAGGUAUCGCGGCCGGUUGGGCGUUAAUUCCCGUAACGAUGAGAAACGUGGGAGACCUCAUUUGGGAGUACGAGAAGCGGGUGCCGGCACUGGCGGAUACGCAUUUGCAGAUCAGAAGCUUCGGCGAAGAUGCGUGGCAUCGGGUACGGGAGGGAGGUGCGGUAGCCGUCAAGAGGGUGGACAGUGCGACGGACCAGGCGAGAGGUGCGGUAGAGGGUUGGGUCGAGAAGGGCAAAUAA